AUGAGUGACCACCCUACGAACUCAGGCUCAACCCCCAGGGACGACAAGCUGGCAGCAGGCGGACUAUUCCAAACGUUCGCUGAUCCCGACCGUCGCCACGAGGACAUGGCCAAGGAGAAUUCAACUGGACUAAGCAACAGCAGCCAGAGCAUCACUCAAAGCCACGAGCCAGCUCAGCUCCUGGCCAUAAAGGCCCGCGCAGAAAGUGACAAAACCCUCAUCAUUUGCCAACUUCAUAAUCAGACUUCAGUGAUGGACCUUCUCCAUCGUAUCUUUGGUCUGCCGAGGGAACUUGUACGGAGAUAUCCCUAUCCUGUUUUAAAAGUUCCCAGUAUUACCACCGCGAAGGCGCCAAUUGUUAUUCGGGUCGUUCUUGACUGGGAAAUUGGUUCGGAGGCAGAGUUCAAGCGUCUUAUCGAUCAUCUUAAAGCCUGGUUCGAGAACAGGGCGGCGAGGUAUGCGAUGCGAUGUACGCCUCCUGAGCGUCUUGGGGAGCGUGAGGUACUUGGUGUACCUGAGCAUUUCUUUUGCUAUGGAAUAUCUUCGUGA